AUGUUUAAACUUAAGUUAAGGCGCCAGAGUCUGUUUGCAAACUAUAAAUUACGAGACAGCUUGAAUGUAUCUCAGCACCAAGGGAAUGAUUUGGCAUUGGAAAAAGAAUGUGCCUUGAAACCAUGGAGUUCCAUGCAAGAACUUGGGUCUGAUAUCUAUGAAAUUAAAUAUGAUGAUAUAGAAUCUGAUGACGACUCACCAACUAUUGCCCAAUACAGCACAGAUUCUACUUCAAAAGAUAAUGAGUUGAAUAUUAAUGUUGGAGGCAAAGUUUUCCAGAUUGCCUACAUGGCUGUAGCCCGUUUUCCUAAGACCCGACUUGGAAAAUUGGCCACUUACACCGAUUCCACGAGGAAAUUGGGUUUGUGUGAUGAUUACAGUGUUCCAAACAAUGAAUAUUUCUUUGACCGCGAUCCUGCAAUCUUCCACCAUAUCUUUAACUUCUACAGGACAGGAGUUCUGUGGAUCAAAAAUGAGCUCUGUCCCAGAAACUUUCUCGAGGAGAUCCAUUACUGGGGUAUACGGAUCAAAAACAGCAAUAGGUGCUGCCGAAUCUCCUUCGAAGAGAGACAAGAUGAAUUGAAUGAGCAACUAAAGGUCCAGCGAGAACUGCAAGCCGAACUUGAGGUGGAAGAAGAUGAGGAGCUCUUCCGAGAUUUGAAAUAUGGUCACCAGAGAAGAGUCAUCUGGAACUUAAUGGAAAAGCCAUUCUCUUCAGUAAUAGCUAAGAUGAUGGCAGUUGCUUCCAGUUUGUUUGUAUUAAUCUCCAUUGUAGCCAUGGUCUUGAACACAGUUGAAGAGAUGCAGUACACAAGCGCAGCUGGCCAGCUGAGUGGACAUACUUACAUGGAGCAUGUAGAGACCAUUUGCAUCGUUUUCUUUACUGCAGAAUACCUGGUAAGAAUAAUGUCCACACCAGAUAUUGAGAAGUUUGCACGGAGUGCUCUAAAUGCAGUUGACCUCAUUGCAAUCCUUCCCUUUUAUCUCCAAGUCACUUUAGAAUGUUUCGAGGAUGAAGACUAUGGGAGACACGAUCAGGAUAUUGAGAAAGUGGGCAGAGUGGGAAAAGUUGGCCAAGUGCUGAGGAUUAUGAGAUUGAUGAGAAUUUUCCGGAUUUUAAAACUUGCUCGGCAUUCCAUUGGAUUAAGGGCCUUUGGUUUCACACUGAAGCAAUGUUACCAGCAGGUUGGCUGCCUUUUGCUUUUUAUAGCCAUGGGCAUAUUUUCCUUUUCUGCUCUGGUCUUCUCUGUUGAAUAUGAUGUCCCACACACUAAUUUUACCUCCAUACCUCAUGCCUGGUGGUGGGCUGCGGUUAGCAUUUCCACUGUAGGCUACGGAGAUGUCUGCCCAGAAACAAUGCUUGGAAGGAUUUUUGCUUUUGGCUGCAUUGCUUUUGGGAUCAUAUUGAAUGGCAUGCCAAUCUCCAUUCUCUAUAAUAAAUUCUCAGACUACUAUUCACAGCUCAAAAGCUAUGAAUAUACAACAUCAUCAAAGCAGCGAGGAAAGAUCAAUUUCGGAGGAAGAGUAUUGAGGAAGCUGCUGGAAUGUUGUGGAGGGGUCCCACACCAUCAUUUACCAAGAGAACAGUAA